AUGGAGAAAUUAACUUGUCUUCGGACGUUACAAGAAUUCGCAGUGAGUGAUAAUACGAAAGCAUGUAGUCUUGAUUGUUUACAACACCUCAACAAUCUUCAUUAUCUGGGUAUAAAAGGGUUGGGAUAUUUGAGAGACGUGGGUGAGGGGCUUAAGAAUAACCAAAAUCUCCUUUCUUUGGAUUUAUAUUUUGAGCAUAAAACAGAGUACUUGGUUCUGCCUAGAAUAAACGAGAAUGAUAAGGUAAUUCUUGAAGCCUUACAGCCACCUCCAAAUUUAAAGAAAUUAAAUAUUCAAAACUACGCAGGCAGCACAUUAUUCCCCAAUUGGAUGGUGUCAUUAACUAAUCUGAGGGUGUUAAGUAUUGAUGGAUGCGUAAGCAUUGAGCAUUUGCCUUCUUUAGGGAAAUUAUCAUCCCUUGAAGUACUCAAAAUAAGGCACAUCACAAAAGUGAAAAGUGUGGGUAAUGAAAUUUUAGGAAUUAAGAGUGAUGACACAUCUGCAAUUGCCUUCCCCAAAUUGAAAUCUCUCACAUUUUCAGGCAUGUGGGAAUGGGAAGAGUGGGAUUAUGAGAUUACAAAGAAUGAUGAAAAAGAUAUUACAAUUAUGCCAUGUCUGCGUUUCUUGCACAUGAUUUGCUGUCCUCAAUUGAAAGGAAUACCAAACAGUCUUCUUCAGUCAAGCACACUAGAGAAAUUGGAGCUUUAUGAAUGCCCUAUUUUACAACAGCGUUGUGAAAAGGAAAGAGGUGACUAUUGGGCCCAAAUCUCUCGCAUCCGUCACAUCGAAAUUUCUUAA